CCCGUUACCCGUUACCAUGCCUACAAUCUCCCUCUUCGUUAACGAGAUGGGGGAGGUUUGUCGCCGCGGCCAUGGAAUCAAGCUCGGAGGCCGGCAGCACGCACCUCGAGGAAAAGCUGAAAUCUUUACUCUCUCAUCUACAAACAGAGUCUGGGAUCCUCGACAGGCUCGUAUACAAGAACAAGAACCAGCAUCGGCGAUGCCCUUAUUUCCAAGCCCUUCAAAAGGUUAGAAGAGAUGUGAGGUUACUGCGGUCAGCAGGAUUGGAGGAGAUUUUGGGAGUUUUGUUUCCGAUUAUUGAUGGGAAGAAACCAGCUCAAAGAGCUUUUCUCCCGAAGAAGCAAAAGAAAAAUAAUCCUAUUGGGAAACAUAACUACCAGGAGCGUCUAUUAGGUGUUGCGCGAUUACUAUCACAGAUGGCUGAACCUAUCCUGAAGGCAGCGAUUCAGAUAUCUUUCUUGCUUGCAAAAUCAUUCUUCACAGGAUUUUCAUUGACAACCUUGGCCUUGCUUUCACGCCUUCGAGUUUUAGUUCAACAAAUUUUACUUGAUGUAGUUUUGGUAUUCAACAAGGUCUCAUCUCUCUCUAAGCAGAAGCAGUCAGUAAAACUGACUCAGGGUUUUAUUGAGGCUUUUAGGGAGUACUAUCCUUCCAGUGGAGAGGUUCUUAUAUUAGAAUGUGUUUGGGAAAAGGACAAGUUUGUGUUACUUGAAAGGACAAAUAAUAACAAUACGAAGAACCAAGAGGAGGAUCCAGGAGCUCUUCCUUUGGAGACAUCAAUAAAGUAUGAAACUGUACCAUUUUUCAUUAAAGCUCUGCCUGCUGAGCAUGAACAAAAUCCAGACACACCAAAUUGCUCCCCAUCAAUGGAGAAUUUACAUGGUGAAACUCAGACUGCAGUAAUUACAUCUAAAGAUCAACCUGUUAUUAUCAGUGACAAUACAUGAGUUGCUGAUUUUUGAAGAUUUUCACUUGAGAAUUCUUUUGAGGGAAAGCUAUUUGUAAGUAUCCUUGGAAAGUCUUCAUUGCAAAUCUUGUUAUUGUUGAGGACUAUCCACUUUGAAGGAGAUGCAUCGAUCUGUGCUCUAAACAAGCAAGCUGGAGACUGAGCAGAAACAUGAGGAGAGAUGUUUAAACAUUUUUGCUUGUUUGUAGAAGCUUUCUCUGGCCAUGUAUGGCUUUUAUAUUUUGAUGAAAAUUUUGCACAGAUUAUGAAACAUGCACACUGUAAGGGUGUGUUUAGCAAAAUGUCAAAAAAUGGGCCAAGAUCAGUCAUGGCUCAGUUUUGGAGGUUUGCCAAAUAGAAAAACAUCCAAAACUGAGCCAAUUUUGGCCCAUUUUUCUGCCAAACAGAAAAACACUCGGUCCUGGUCCGAUUUUGGAGGUUUGCCAAACACACUUUUAUUGUAUUUCUUUGUAUCAAUUCAAUUUAGUGUAUGUUUAGCGGUUUAUGGUAACGGAGUGAAACUAUACUUUUCUGGCAAGUAACGCUUCA